AUGACUUCAAACAUUUCAUUUAAUGACACAUUUGACGUUGUAAAAUUCCAAGAACAAAUUCUUAGAAACAAAUGUCGAUUAUGUUUGAAACCAGUAAAUUCCGAAACUGAUAAAAUACAACUAACAGAAAAGUUUAAAGAUAUGAUACAUAACAUCUUGCAAAUUCGGUUAAUUUCAUCAUCAAUAGCUUCGAAUUUCAUUUGUCAAAUAUGUCGCUCCCAAGUUAAUGACUUUUAUCUUUUUAAAAGAAAAAUGAAUGAUCAACAAAAUUUACUUAAGAACUUCUUAGUUGUCGAUGAUUUUAUUGAUUUCAAAACUGAUCUUGAUACUACUUUAAAUGAGACUGAAACAAACGAAAACAUGUUGACGGAAAACACGAAAAAAUAUGACACAUUAGAACAAAGACUUAAAAAAUCCUUAGCUGCGAAUGAUACGACAACAGAUUUUGAAGGAACUGAUUUCAACACUGAUCUUAGCACUAUUUUAAAUGAAACUGAAACAAACGAUAGUAUGUUGACAGAAAACUCCAAAAAGUAUGACAAAAUAUUAAAAAGAUUUGAAGAAUCCUUAGCUGCGAAUGAUUCAACAACAGAUUUUGAUGAAACUGAGUUCAACCCUGAUCUCGGCACUACUUUAAAUGAAACUGAAACUAACUGUAGCCUGUUGACAGAGAACUCCAAAAUGUAUAACAAAUUAUUAAAAAGAUUUGAAGAUUCCUUAGCUGCGAAUGAUUCAACAACAGAUUUUGAUGAAACUGAUUUCAACACUGAUCUUGGCACUACUUUAAAUGAAACUGAUACAAACGAUAGUAUGUUGACAGACAUAUCCAAAGAGAAUGACAAAUUAAUGGAAAAAGAAUUUCAUCUAAACAAAUCCUUAGCUUUGAAUUCAAUAACAGAUUUUGAUGAAACUGAUUUGAACACUGAUCUCAGUACCACUUUAAUAGAAACUGAAAUAAGCAUGUCAUCAACCAUUUUAAAACCAAACAAAAAUUCAAUUUCUAACAUUCAGCUUGAAGACAGUUUAAUGGAAAUAGAAAUUGAAACAAAUAAAAGCAAAAAUAUGGACGACGAAAAAGAAAUCGGUGACGCUCAGAAAAUACAUUGCAAAACUUGUGGAAAACUUUUGAAACGCAAAAGUUUAAAGAGACAUAUUUUAAGGAUUCAUAAGAUAGAGAAAAAACCUUCUGUUUGUAAAAUUUGUGGAAAAGAUUUAAAAAGCCAGUUCUCUUUGAAGAUGCAUAUGAAAAAGGUUCACGACAAACCCUUCGAAUGUGACAUUUGUGGAAAGAAAUUCUUCAAUAAAGGUGCUAUCAGUGAACACUUGAUGUCACAUGUCCCAGAGGAAUUUCAAAUCAAACAAUAUAAAUGCCAAUUAUGUGGACUAUCUUAUCACAGAAGGGGAUCACUCAACUAUCAUCUAUCUACACAUAAAGAAAAAAAUAAAGAAAAAACGGUUCAAUGUGUUGGCCCGGGAUGUACAAAAAUGUAUUACAAUAGAUCUAAUAUGAUGCACCAUUAUCGCAAUCACUGUGAAAACAAAAAAACAAUUCACAAAACAAAUUCAAUCAAUUGGCAGUUGUCCAAUAUAAACUGCCCAGUUGGCAGUUGUGAAUAUUCAGGAUCAAGAAAGCAUCAUGUUAAAGCACAUUUUUUACGUAUGCAUUCAAAUCUUUCUCGUGAUGCAUUGGAAAAUUAUAUAAGCCAAAUAUAA